AUGUAUCCGGAUGCUCAUAUCAGUGAUCCAUAUUUAACUUUAUUAAUUCUGCAUGAAAACACAACAAGACUUGAUUUGUUAGCUUUGGGACGAGCAAUGUCAAAUGGUCAAGGCCUACAAUCAACAUCAAACAUGGAUAUUGUAAAAAUUUGUGCUCUACGAAUAGAACCGUAUUCUAAAGAUUCAGUCAUCACAAUGCUGGACGGAGAGCUCAUGCCUUCAGGCACAUUUCAAGCAGAAGUUAUCCCAGGAAUUUUAAAUGUUAUUUCAGGUACCAAGGUUGUAUGA